CCGAUUACUGAGCUAGUUUUUUGUUCAAGUUUUAGGGACACAGGCUGGCGAAUUUGCUUUUUACACACAAAAAAAGUAAAAGCUGAUUAGUAAUAAAAAUUUCUAACAAAUUUAUUAUUAGUUGAUCAAUAUAAUCGUUCGGCGCUGACCAGAGUGAACUCGAAAGUUUGGGCAAAAGUUGCAGCAACUUGGGGCGAGAAUAAAGAAAAAAAAGAAGAAAUCAUGUCCAGUUUGCCACGUCGCAUCAUCAAGGAGACACAGCGUUUGAUGCAGGAGCCGGUGCCCGGCAUCAAUGCCAUUCCCGACGAGAACAAUGCACGCUACUUCCAUGUGGUGGUUGCCGGUCCAAACGAUUCGCCGUUCGAGGGAGGAGUCUUCAAAUUGGAGCUGUUUCUGCCCGAGGAUUAUCCGAUGUCGGCACCCAAGGUGCGUUUCAUCACAAAGAUCUAUCAUCCGAAUAUCGAUCGCUUGGGCCGCAUUUGCCUUGAUGUGCUGAAAGACAAAUGGAGUCCAGCGCUGCAAAUUCGCACCAUACUUCUGUCCAUUCAGGCGCUCCUCAGCGCCCCCAAUCCCGAUGAUCCUUUGGCCAACGAUGUCGCCGAAUUAUGGAAGGUCAACGAGGCCGAGGCCAUUCGCAAUGCUCGUGAAUGGACUCAGAAAUACGCUGUCGAAGACUAAAGGCUGAAGUUAACACAUAAAUCGAUUGGAGUUUGGGAGCCGGUUGCGAAGCCGGAAAAGGAGAUAAGGAUGAAUACGGAUGCGCAACAGCUAACUUAUUUUUUAGGGAUCUGCGGUUAGUUCGCUCUCAUCCCGCUUAAACGAGAUACGAAUUAUCUUCUUUUUUGUAAUACACAUUUUUUUGUAUUUAUCGUUGUCGAGGAUAUAAAAUGGCGGUAAUAAAUAAUAAAAAUCUAAUGAUAAUGCUAUAAUAAAAAAA